AUGAAACUUAAACUUACUGAAUCAAUUAAAUUGUCUAAUGGAAAAUCAAUGCCAAUUUUUGGUCUUGGAACAUGGUUGUCUAAACCAGGUGAGGUUGAAAAUGCCUUAAGAAUUGCUUUAGAUAAUGGUUACCGUCUUAUUGAUACUGCUGAAUUAUAUAAAAAUGAAGAAGAAAUAGGAAAUGUUCUUCAGGAAUAUUUUACAAAUAAUAAAUUAAAAAGAGAAGAUAUUUUUGUAACAACUAAAUGGAAUCCAAGAACGGACAGUGAAUCUACCAUUAAAAAAGAAAUUGAAAAAUCAUUAAAAAGAUUAAAGCUUUCAUAUGUCGAUUUAUAUUUACUUCAUGCUCCAGUUACAUUAAAUAAGAAUGGUUUAUUUGAUGUAAAUAGAAGUGUAGAAAAUAUAUGGAAAGAAAUGGAGGAAGUAUAUGAAGCUGGGCUUGCAAAAUCAAUAGGUGUAUCAAAUUUUUCAAUUAAUCAAGUUGAAAGAAUCAUGAAAAUAGCCAAAAUUCCAAUACAUAAUAUUCAAGUAGAGGCACAUUUAUAUUUUCCUCAAUUUGAGCUUAAAGCAAUAGCUGAUAAAUAUAAUAUCUCUUUUACAGCUUACGCUCCAUUAGGAUCACCUGGAAGCUUAGAAAUAAGAGGAGCUAAAAAAGAGGAAAAUAAAAAUCCAUUAGAAGAUCCGAUUGUUCAAAAGUUAUCUACAAAAUAUUCAAAAACUCCAGCACAAAUAUUAAUGAGAUAUUUGAUCCAAAGAGGUAUGGCUAUCAUACCAAAAUCAACUAAUGAAAAAAGAAUUAUUGAAAAUUCUCAAAUUUUUGAUUUUAAAAUUAGUCCUGAAGAAAUGGAAGAAAUGAACAACAUUAAUUACAAAAAAAGACUUUUCAAAUUUGAUAUUGCCAAAGGUCAUCCUGAAGAUCCAUAUGCUAAUGAGAGAAACACAUAA